GCCAUUUCGCGCGCUAAUUCACGUCCGUGAUUGGACAUGAAAAUGUUCCACACUAAUGAUGACGGAGUUGUGCAGAGGUCCCUACAUAGUACAUCUUGAUCUUAACAUGCAAUUGUUAUCAACGUCGUAUUAUGAUUACAUUAUAAACCAAGCGAAAGGCGAGAAUAACGAAUAUUGCCUCGAUGUACCUCCAAAUACUCUUAACUAGCAUUAAAGAGUUCUAUGGCGGACAGUAAUGAGAAUUUGUAUGUGAUUUCACGCAACAGGGGAAAGUUUGGUGUGGUAAAGAAAGUAACAGAGCGCUCCUCCAAGAAGGUGUUUGCUGCCAAGUACAUCCGGCUCGGCUCCAGUGGCAGCGGUUCUUCGCGAGAAGAUAUCAUGCGCGAAAUCAACAUCAUGAACCAGCUACACCACAAGAGGCUUGUGGGAUUGGUCGAUGCAUUCGACAUGUCCAGGAACAUUGUUAUGAUCAUGGAGUUUGUGUCAGGGGGAGAGUUAUUUGAACGUGUUGCGGAUGCCGAUUGCUUGACGGAAAAGGAAGCUUCUUUUUACAUGUACCAACUGCUUCAGGGCCUUCAGUACAUGCACAUGAAGAACAUUGUACAUCUUGAUCUUAAGCCUGAAAACAUCGUGUGCGUCAGCAAGGAUAGCUGGGAUAUUAAACUGAUCGACUUUGGCUUGGCGCUAGAGCUCGUACCUGGGGUCCGAAUGACGGCCCUCAAAGGGACCCCUGAGUUCAUGGCUCCAGAAGCAGUGAACUUUGAAACCAUCUCAUUUGCUACUGACAUGUGGAGUGUUGGAGUCGUAGCUUACAUUCUGUGAGUAUAAUUUCUAUGUCUUGUAAACACCUUGGAUACUUUUUGAAAACCAUUUCAUUCAACAUAUUAAUAUGGUAUUUGGAAAAUUUACUUUACAACAACCUUCGAAGCCGCAUAGCAACAUAAGAAUUACGUGAAGUUUCUUAGCAACUCUUGUGGCGUAAACCUUGCUCUCUUGGAGACAAAGAAAAUCCAACCCUUUACUUUGUUUAGCGGCGUAAUGGAAAAGUCUUCAUGAAUCCGAGAUUUCUUUUAAGAAACAGAAAACAUUUUCCACGUUUGUAUCAAGUUUAGCGUUCUGUCGCCGAUUCAUGCGCUACUCACUGUCUGUUCUGUUGUAGAGAGUGAGUUGCUUAGUAGUGUAGUUGUUAAGGAUAUAUUGGCCACUUCUUUGCGGUUUUCAGUCCACUGUCUGUGAAGAGGAUUUAGAUAAUUUACUAGUCGAGAGUAUAUUUGCACUAAAACAAUUAUUAUUCGCAUUCUUUUUCUACGCGUGAUAGAAAUAUCGAGCUUAUAAUCUAAUCGUUAAAUCGAAGUACGGCUUUCAGCCCGUGUUUUUGUUCAGAGUGUAUUCUAAGUAAAAAAGAUCACUUACAUCAAUAAUACUUGAAUGAGAAUGUAGCACAAACAACUGUGAUAAACAUGAUAUUCCAACGCAAUUUAAUACAGAAUUUGACGUUUCG